AUGACCACGGCCUCCGCGCCAGCGACACCAACUGAAUGCGGAAAUACCUUCAUACGACACACUAAGAAUACAAUAGCUUCCCUUUCGUCAAGACAUAAAGAGAUUCUUGACCAAAUAACCCAGCUGCAGCAAUCUCAAUCACAAGCACUCACUGAUAUAAAUAACCGGAUAGAAAACAUCGCACCGCGUGAUAUAAGCGAUUCGGAAAAGGAUAUUGAUACUCUAGUAAACAAUCUCAAAUCACGACGAAGACGAAGUAGUGCACAGCAGCAAUCCGUUUCUUCUAUCCCACAACUUGAAUUUUCUUUGAAGGAGGACAAUCGAGGUUCUAUGCAAAAAACAGCCAAACAAGUUACUCAUCGUCUAAAUAAGGAGCAAAAUGCUGAUUUAUUGAGUACGGGGGAAUUGGAUUUGAAGUAUCUUUCUGCAGAGAAUAAUAAUACAACAGACUCGGAUUCCUGUGAUGAUACUAUAAGCAAUAAUCUAGAUAACAGUAAUGCUAAGGAUACGAAUGAGACUAUUAAUCGGAGAGCUAAUAAAUUACAGCCCGGUUUAACCAUAAAUACAAAAUCUUUAAACUCUAAACGUCGUCCUCUUACACCCGAGUCAUCGGAUUCAGAAUUUGAUAUGGCGAGUGCUCAUUUACAGAUUACUCCAUCUUUGAUGGGUAAGGGUUCAUUGCGACGACGUUACGGAACUGACAAUAACCAAUUAGAUUUCAGCAACCGCAGUCGUCCAGCGAGCAUGCUUUACACUUCCAUGGAAGAAAUUGAAGAAGAAGCAAGUCCAUUCUCUGAUAAUGGUGCUGGUGAGGGAAGCAAAGCCAUACUACCCGCCAGUAAGUUGACUACUGCUUCUGUGAAUGGACGAAGACUAUCUUCGCUGCAAAAGUUUUCGAAAGAUAGCGGUGACAUUACUUCAAGAAUAAAUAGAACGACUGGACGACGUCCCGAUGAUCGUCAUGCAUCAACAGAGAUUGCUGACGACAAUAGUAGUGUUGUUUCGGGAGAAUCCUUACUGGAAGAAUUAGGAAACUUAAAAUCACGCAUUCAAAGACUUGAAUCUGAACAUAUUGACUCCCCUAUCGAUCGUCGACGUCGACGUUUCGCAUACGACAUGAUGUCGCCGAGCGUGACAUCUCCUAAUGACUCACAAGGUACGAGUUCAACAGCCACUAGUUCGUCAAGUCGCUCUACUGUAUCCGCUCAACAUCAGAAGCAUUUGCAAAAUGCUUUCGAAUUCUUUGAAAAGGCCUUUCCGACAAUGAUAUCACAAUCGACUGAAGAUGCAUCUCCGGCACCCUCACGAUCUAUGGCGAUGGUUGUGUCAACUGCGCUACUAUUGAAUCAGAGGUUUCGUAGUAUAUUGGCACAACCAGAUAUGGAUCCUCAAAAUUUUGAAAGGACCAUGAAGGACUUGCUGAAGACUAGUGAUGAACAGGUACGCAGUUUGACGGAGUGUUUGCUCGCAUUGGGGCCAUUAGCACAGAGAGCUUAUGCAGUAAGGAAGAUUACUACAGAGAGAAAUUAUCAACAAAAUGUGCAAAAUGGGCGUUCCUCAACGAGUUCCUCGAUCUUGGGAGUCCCUACAGCGACUCAUACGAACAGAUCUGUAUCUCCGUCGCUGGCAUCUUCGAUUUCGCGUCUUCCGAUAGCUAACGGCUCGACUCAGGAAAUUCAAACAUCAUAUCAUGAAAUGCAACAAGGAACCGAACAGGGUGAUCAAGCUGACCGACGAACUUCUCCAGUUUCUUCUGCCGGUCCAACUUCACCAACAUUAUCUUAUUAUGGUGGUUCCCGGACUACAUUACGGUAUAAUCGUUCUGCGUACCAAGUUUCUGCAAACUUACCAUCAGAGUCAGUCAAUGAUUUUCAGCAGCCAUCACGACGUACUCUUGAAUCUCGAGAACGUCGAUCCCGUCGGUCUUCUGGUGGUUCUAUCAGUUCUUUUUCAGGAACUCUACCCUCAUCACCAUCUCCACCACCUUUACCAACCCAAAAUGAACAUGAGUCGACGACGCAGAGUCCCCGCCCGGUAGUGUUUUCUGUCGUGGAACUUUGUGUUAAAGGAAUAGGUGACAGUAUAACAUCUCGUAUUCAGGCUAAAUUCCUGCUUUCUCUAAUUAAAAAGGGAAAGAGCUAUAAUUGCUGA